AUGCAACUCAAAUAUCCUACUUUCCCUACAAAAAUGUCGAUUGGACAAGCACAAGAAUUAGUUGAGCGACAUGCAUUUGUAGCUAAAGAUUAUCAUUCGACAUUGAAGGUAUUGGAAUCAAGGUCCACAUUGGGUGACUUGGAUCGUAUUAUUCAGUUCCCAUUUACUGCACCCAUGAUUGAAGAAAAGACACAAGAAGAAUUAGAUAGGCAGGCAAUAAAGAAGGAAGAAAAUGCCAGACGAUUACGUGAAGCAGCAGCCAAGAGUCGCUUAGAGAAAUUGGUUGCUCGCGAACAACAAUAUGAAGCAUUCACGAAUCUCAAGAAUAUGAAGGGCACGAUCAAAAAGACAGACUGGCUUGCUCAAAUCAAAGAAGCAGGAUUUAAGGAUGAAGCAGAUCUAGACGAUACAAUCGGCCAACUUGACAAGGCCAUUCAGCGUGCUCGUAAUAAAGAACUCGGAAUAGAAGAAGUAGAAGAAAAAGAACCACCUAUGACUACACUCAUAGAUGUUCCAGACGAUCAACUCGACGAAGCUGACAAGAAAGAAAAACGUAAACAGAAGCUUAUGAAAGCCAAUUAUGAUGCACGUCAACGAGCCAAAAAAGCCAAAGAAGAAGCACGUCAACGGGAAGAAGAAUUGGCGCGUCAAGAAGAACAGAAAAGAUUGGAGGAUCCAGAUUCAUGGAUUGCAAAAAUCAAGGAUAAAAGACAAGCUGUUGUUGAUCGACUAAAGCAACGUAAAAGACUUGCUUCAGAACUAGCCGACAGAAGAUCCCGUGCUUCUCAAUUACGUAUGAAAUCCAUUGCCAAUCUAGCCAGUGAUGGACCCACUUCAAAGCGUAGAAGAAAAGGUAAUGAAGAAGAUACGUUUGGUCAAGAUGAUGAUGACUGGGCUAUUUACCGUGAAAUCAGUCGUGAAGAUGAGUCAGACGAGGAAGAAGAAGACUUGUCUGAACUUAAUCAAUACGAGUCUCUUUUGUUACAACAUGAUCCAGAGUUUUCAUCUGAGCAUUUGUAUGAAAACAUGUCUUCACCUACCAAUACAUUGUUGCAUUUACUUUCAAGAGGCGUCUAUCCACUUUAUGACCCUACAGAUAUGGAACAAAGUUAUCAGUUACAUGUCAACAUUGAACGUAUGCGUGUGCCUGAAGUUUUGUUCCAGCCUAGUAUUAUUGGCUUAGAUCAGGCUGGUUUGAUUGAGACUGUGAAUGAUAUCGUCAAGACAUUUGAUACCAGUCAAAGACCUGCAUUAAUAGAGAAUAUCUUUUUGACAGGUGGAUUUAGUCAAUUACCAGGUCUUUCUGACAGAAUUCAUGUUGCUCUUCAGUCUAUUUCUCCUGUGAAUACUAGAAUCAAAGUUAAACGUGCUCUUGAUCCUAUCCUUGAUGCUUGGAGAGGUGCUGCUAUGUUUGCACAAGAAGAAUCAAACAAGCAGUCGUUUAUAACAAAGCAAGAAUACCAAGAGUAUGGUCCUGAAUACAUGAAGGAGCAUGGUUUAGGAAAUGUUGUUCAAAAAUAA